UCGCCAUGCUGGUGCAGGACCCGCUGCUCUGGGAUCUCCCGAUCCAGGUUACUUUGGAAGAGGUCAGUUCCCAGAGAGCACUGGAAUAUGGCCAAGCAAUGACAGUCCGAGUAUGCAAGAUGGAUGGGGAAGUGAUGCCUGUGGUCGUCCUACAGAAUGCCACCGUCCUGGACCUGAAGAAGGCCAUCCAAAGAUACAUGCAGCUCAAGCAGGAGCAUGAAGGAGGCCUUCAACACAUCAGCUGCUCCUAUGUGUGGUGGACAUACCAUCUGACUUCUGCUGGACAGAAGCUCACAGAGGAUAGGAAGAAGCUCCGAGAUUACAGCAUCUGA